CUAGGCAAAUUCCCUGUUUGCCUUGCGGGAGGUAGGAGCCAGGGGCGGACUGACCAUUUGGAAGCUCGGGCACUGCCCCACGGCCUGGGAUCAGUAGGGGGCCCCAUGAGAUGCCCCUGGUACCUUUUUCAUAGGCUUUUUUGAGUUUGGGCAAAGACACAGGGGCCCCAUGAUCCCCUAUUGCCCGGGGGCCCCCCACGAGUUGUCAGUCCGCCCCUGGUAGGAGCACACUAUCACAGGCACAGCAGUUAUUUUCCUAAACAUGCAGCAUAU